CGCGCUGCCAUUGGCUGAGCGCGGCUGAGGGGCGUGGCCACCCGGCCCGGAAGGGAAAUGGAUUCCGAAGCCCUUAAAAAUUACUCAGCCUUGCACCCUAAGCCCGCUGGACUUACCCUUCAUUAUGGCACUGCUGGAUUCCGGGCCGAGGCUGAGCAGCUGGAUCACGUCAUGUUCCGCAUGGGCUUGCUGGCAGUUCUCAGGUCCAAAGCCAUGGCAUCCACCAUUGGCAUCAUGGUUACAGCAUCUCACAAUCCCGAAGAAGAUAAUGGUGUAAAACUGGUUGAUCCUCUUGGAGAAAUGCUGCACCCUUCCUGGGAAGAGUAUGCCACACAACUAGCAAAUGCAGAGGAGCAAGAAUUACAGACAGUAAUUACUGAGAUCUGCCAAGAAGCAGCAGUAAAGCAGAACAAAGAUGCUUCAGUUUUUAUUGGUAGAGACACCAGGCCAAGCAGUGAGAAACUUUCACAGUCAGUAAUAGAUGGUAUCUCCGUUCUAGGUGGGCAGUACCAUGAUUAUGGUCUGGUGACAACACCACAGCUACAUUACAUGGUCCGCUGUCAAAACACCCAAGGGCAGUACGGGAAAGCAACACUGGAAGGUUAUUACAAAAAACUAUCCAAAGCUUUUACAGAGCUGAUAAAACAGUCUCCCAGCUCUGGAGGGAGUCAGAGGCACCUGAAGAUUGACUGUGCCAAUGGAAUAGGAGCCCUGAAACUAUCAGAAAUGAAGCCCUACUUUCUGAAGGAGGUGCAAAUCCACCUAUAUAAUGAUGGAACUAAGGAGAAACUCAAUCACCUAUGUGGUGCAGAUUUUGUGAAAGUUCACCAGAAACCACCCAGAGGGCUGGACAUGAAGCCCAAUGAGAGAUGCUGCUCAUUUGAUGGCGAUGCAGAUAGAAUUGUGUAUUACUAUAAAGAUGCAACUGGCCAAUUUCACCUAAUCGAUGGAGAUAAAAUAGCAACUUUAAUUAGUAUCUUCCUUAAAGAACUUCUUGCCAAGGUGGGACAGACCUUAAAGAUGGCAGUGGUACAAACAGCGUAUGCCAAUGGGAGUUCAACACGCUUCCUUGAGGAAACACUGAAGGUACCUGUGCAUUGUGUCAAAACUGGAGUGAAACACUUGCAUCACAAGGCCCAGGAGUUUGACAUUGGUGUGUAUUUUGAAGCAAACGGCCAUGGUACAGUAUUGUUUAGUAAAGAUGCUGAAACUACAAUAAGGCAACUGGCAAAAGAGGAGAAAGAUGGUGAAAAAAGAGAAGCAGCAGAGAUGCUUGAAAACAUGAUUGACCUCAUCAAUCAGACAGUUGGUGAUGCUGUCUCAGACAUGUUGGUUAUUGAAGCAAUCUUGGCUUUGAAAGGUCUGACUGUGCAGCAGUGGGACGCCCUCUACACUGACCUUCCAAAUCGGCUGCUCAAAGUUCAGGUUGCAGACAGGCGAGUUAUUGCCACAGUGGAUGCAGAAAGGCGUGCGGUUACACCUCUGGGACUGCAGGAGAAAAUUGAUGGGCUUGUAAAGAAGUACAAAUUGUCACGAGCUUUUGUCCGCCCGUCAGGGACAGAAGAUGUAGUGAGAAUAUAUGCUGAAGCAGACACACAGGAGAACGCAGAUGCCCUUGCCCAUGAAGUGAGCCUGGCUGUUUACCACUUGGCUGGUGGCAGAGGAGCACCACCCCAGCCUAUAUAACUGCAGUUCAUAACUUGACAAUUCUUAUAUUCCUUUCUUUGCAAUCUGUUAGUGUGGACUCCUUCCUGAGAGUAGCCAAGAUUAAUCAGAACUGAGCAGAAUAUUCUUCUGCUUAUUCUUUACCUCUAUAUUAGACACUUACCUCUUAAUGAGAUGUUCUUGCUGCUCAGUAUUUUCCCCACCUCUGAGUUUAACGUCUGAAGAUGAAGUGACUAGAAGGUGAUUCAGUUCUUGACAGUCAGAAGCCUGUCAUCCCCAGAAGGAAUUCCCCCCCCCCCCAGCUUAUUUCUUCAGUUAUUGUCACAUUGUGCCUGAAGUGCAAGUCCCACAUGCUCAACACACCUGCAGUGGCAGCAUUUGUUGCAGCUGCACCCACAGUAGCUGCAGCUCAGCAAUGUGUUGUGGAGCCAUCAUUCCCUGCCUUCCCACAGCAACUUGAGCAUCUGUGGGCAAAGAGUGUUAAGGCAGAGGCUGUCAUGGGUCUUGAGAUUCAAUUCACCUCAAUUCAAAGGGGAAAGGAUAUAAUCAAAGAGCAUUUGCAAAUAAUAACACAUUAUUGCAAUAAUAUCUU